AUGCACUUCUACCUUUUAGCAGCCUGUCUUUCCUCUCUAACAACAGCUCAGAUACUCCCUGUCCCUUCACUUGUGCCAAUUCCAUCACACUCCGGCUGUCCUCCUGAUGGACCUUUACUUCCUCGUCCAACAAACCUAGCACAGUCCCAACACGUUCAAGCUGCUGCUGAUUAUCUGACAUCCGCCUUGGAUUCUGCAGUCAAGGGUAAGAUCAAAGCAGGAUGGACCGUGGACAAUGUCUCUUUUUCUCUAGCUAUCGUUUCUCCAUAUGGGGGCAAUGAUUCUGGAAAGCCGAUCUGGGAAUAUCACCAUCGGGGAAGAUUGAAUACCCAAGGAUCACAACAAGUCACUGGAGACUCGCAAUACUUGAUGGGUUCUGUAUCCAAGGUAUUCUCGGAUCUAGUACUGUUAAAAUCUGGUGUCGAUCUCCAAGAUCCAAUUACGAAAUUCUUUCCUCAAUUGCUCUCUGUGGAUUCUUUGAUUCAGUGGAAAGAUAUCACGUUGGAAGCUCUGGCAGACCACCUGGCAGGCAUACCUCCAAACUACGUCUACGAGUUCUAUGAUCUCAAACCAGUUUACGAGAGCCUGGGAUUUCCUCGUCUAAAUAAGUCGGAUUAUCCGAGUUGUGGCGUCGUUGGACUCAAUACUUCUUGUACUAAGCAGAACAUACUUGAUGGUCUCACAUCUUUGACUCCAGUUGUACCGGUGAACUCCCGGCCCGUAUACUCUCAGUUAUCAUUCUUGCUGUUCACCCUGGCCCUCGAGGUUGCAACAGGCAAGAACUAUUCACAACUGCUGGAUGAGACCGUCAUCCAGCCUCUCAAUUUGACCAACACUGGCGAAUCCCCUGGUAAUACCGACCGUGCCGUUGUUCCACCAGGAAUAUCAAACUGGGGUUCAUAUUAUGGACUAAAUGCGCCUGGCGGAGGCUUAUACUCAACAACAAACGACCUAACACAAUUCCUCAACGCUAUCCUAAACCACUCCAUCCUUCCCAUAGAAGCAGAAGUCCAAAAAUGGCUCAAGCCUACCUCCAUGACGAGUUCCCCAACCACUCUAGUCGGUAAACCAUGGGAGAUCCUCCGCACGACCAAUCUCGUCCCUGCACAUCCACAUACUAUUGACAUCUACGGCAAGUCAGGCGGUGCAAUGGGCUACAUGUCUCAAAUAUCCAUCAUUGACCAGUAUGGUGUGGGGUUUAUUGUUCUCACUGCUGGUCCGGCAGAUUCGAUGGAUAUCCUCAACCAAGCCCUAAUAGGAACCUUCAUUCCAGCCAUAGAGGAAGAAACCCGUUCACAAAGUCAACGAUACACAGGAACGUGGUCAACAGAAAACACCGCGUCAAACUCAUCCCCCAUAAUCCUCACAAUCGCCCAAGACAACGGCUCAGGUCUAAUACUCACAAACCUAACCCGCAAUGAAUCAUCCAUCCUAGACGCCAUCCAAAAAAUCUGGCUAUACCAAUACACAGCCACCGGAUUCGGGAUCCUGAAUUCUCAGUUCCGGAUCUACCCAACCGGAAUAUCAAACCCCGUCCCUUCAAAUGAAUCAUCAAUCCUUCUCUCACAGGCUGGUGUAUCAGACACGGAGAAUACAGAACUGGUUCGUCAGGAUUGGCGGAUCAAUCUUGACAUCGUCCCCAUUGACGGGAGGGCGAUGUCUGAUUUACCAGGCCAGGGAAGUUUGAGGGUGUAUUGUGCUUCGUGGCAGUCUGUGGAUUGGAUGUACUAUGGCGGGGAGGCGUUGGAUCGGAUUGUCUUUGUGGUUGAGAAGAGUGGGAGGGUUAUUGGGGUUGAGAUUCCGGGGUUACGGAGUGGACUAUUAACUUGA